CCGCUUGCAGCGGGAGGCGCCUGCUUCCUUCCUCGUCUCUGAUAGCAGGCACCAAAACCCCCCACCUGAAGCCAUGGCCAGCCCCCCAGGCAGCCCUGAAGAUGCAGGCAAGCUGCGAGGAGGCAGGGAGGGCCGGCAGAGAAGGGAGGACGAUGCUCCGGAGCAGAAGAGGUUGAGGCUGGGGCAGCGAGUGGGAAGCGAGCCCCAGGACGGAGACACCGCACCGCUUCCAACCCGGGACGGGCUCGCCUCCCACACAGGUGGUGAAGGCAGAAGUGAUCUGCCAUCUCUGCCUCCCAGCCUGGUUGAGAGUCAGGUUUUGGCGAGUCCUGUUGCUGGCCAAGCUGAGGAAACUGAUCAAGGACCUCAUGAAAGUGGGACUUGCGGUUCUCUUGAUCAAGCUCAGCAUUCAGAAGAGAGGAGUAACUCUGGGUGCCAUUCUGAAGGCUCUGUGAGCCCCAGGGAAGCACUUGUUUCCACAUCCCAACCCUGGAAUUACAAGCAUGCGCCAUCACACUUGACUCUUGCAUGUGGGCUGGUGUUGAACUCAGGUCUUCAUACUUGCAAGGAUAUCAAAGUCAACUGCAAUAACUGCUCGGAAACAGAGGACAGAAAGGUUUUGAGGCAACAGAUGAAUUGUGAAAGAGAGCAGCUGAGGGGUAAUCAGGAAGCAGCAGCCGCCCCUGACACAAUGGCUCAGCCUUAUGCCUCUGCCCAGUUUGCUCCACCUCAGAAUGGCAUCCCCGCAGAAUACACGGCCCCUCAUCCCCAUCCCGCGCCAGAGUACACCGGCCAGACCACCGUCCCCGACCACACAUUAAACCUGUAUCCUCCUACACAGACGCACUCGGAGCAGAACGCUGACACAAGUGCGCAGACCGUCUCUGGCACCGCCACAACAGAUGAUGCAGCACCGACUGAUGGCCAGCCCCAGACACAACCUUCUGAAAACACGGAAAACAAGUCCCAGCCCAAGCGGCUGCAUGUGUCCAACAUCCCCUUCCGGUUCCGGGAUCCAGACCUCCGACAAAUGUUUGGUCAAUUUGGUAAAAUAUUAGAUGUUGAAAUUAUUUUUAAUGAGCGAGGCUCGAAGGGAUUUGGUUUCGUAACUUUCGAAAAUAGUGCGGAUGCGGACAGGGCGAGGGAGAAAUUGCACGGUACCGUGGUAGAGGGCCGUAAAAUCGAGGUUAAUAACGCAACAGCACGUGUAAUGACUAAUAAAAAGACUGUCAACCCCUACACCAAUGGCUGGAAAUUAAAUCCAGUUGUGGGCGCCGUCUACAGCCCCGACUUCUAUGCAGGCACGGUGCUGUUGUGCCAGGCCAACCAGGAGGGAUCUUCCAUGUACAGUGGCCCCAGUUCACUUGUAUAUACUUCCGCAAUGCCUGGCUUCCCAUAUCCAGCCGCCACUGCUGCAGCUGCAUACCGAGGGGCCCACCUGAGAGGCCGUGGCCGCACCGUGUACAACACCUUCAGGGCUGCAGCGCCCCCACCCCCAAUCCCGGCCUAUGGCGGAGUAGUGUAUCAAGAGCCAGUGUAUGGCAAUAAAUUGCUACAGGGUGGUUAUGCUGCAUACCGCUACGCCCAGCCCACCCCUGCCACUGCCGCUGCCUACAGUGACAGAAAUCAAUUCGUCUUCGUUGCAACAGAUGAAAUUUCUUGUAACACCUCUGCAGUUACGGACGAGUUUAUGCUGCAGACCCCUACCACCACACACUUGCUCCAGCCCCCACCUACGGCGUUGGUGCCAUGCCCCAAGGUUCCAGCCCCAGCACAGACUUCAGAGGAGCUAAGCUGCACACUUCCAGGCCUCUGCUGUCAGGCAGCUGAGAAUCUGCCUGCCUCUCCUCCCCUUUUACAAUUCAUGUUUAAAGUCAUAGUCGCCCAGGAGAGAAAGUAGACAGCGGGGCACACUUUGUGUGUGUGCCUAGUAUAUAAGAAAUUAAGGAAUCAGCUGGCUUUGGGGGUUGUCUUGUUUUCCUUUUUUUUUUCCUUGGGGAGGUGGGAAGUAUGGGAUUUUGUUUUUGUUUUGGGACGGGUAAGGGGGAGGGCAAAGGGGGGGCAAGGGUGGGGUGAAUUUGCCUGUACUUGUUCAAACUUCUAUGCACUAAAACUCUUGAGUCCAGUAAGACGUGCCCAUCGCGUGAGAGCAUAUGCGAUCAUUACAGCGCUUUGGCAUGCAGUCUUCUGCUUGAGUCAAGAAUAUCAGUCCUCUUCCUAAAAAUCAGCCCCACAGGCAUUCACUGGAAUCGCCAAUACUUUCAGCAAAGGAAAUGGCUAAGUGUCACCUCAUAGCCGUAGAAAGCUCUGGUCAGACAGUUCCCUGGUCAUGUAAACUCAAGCAGCAGUAGGAAAGCCUACCACUCUACAUUUACACAAGCUUAAUCAUAUCCAGCAUACCCCUGUCCCACCCUUCCACAGUCAGAAUCCAUAGGUUCCUAGCUUCAUCCAGAAGCAUCCCUCCCCCCCUUUUUUUCUUCAAUUUGGUAUGCAACAACCCCAUUUCAACACCUAGGCCACUUGAGGAAAGGGGUGGAAGGAGAACCAAAUCCCUACAUUCAGUAAAUCAUCAUCUAGAAUCAUUGUUGAAUGUAGACAGAGCUUCUCCCAGUGGAGCAUCAUAGCAGUUAAUCUGUUCAUCAAAGAAUCAAGCCAAUAAAAUGAGUAUCCACUGUUCAUUUGUAAACUGGAGUCCUUAUAGCUAGCAGGACCAGUGGAUCCAGUUCUGUUUCCUGGGGAUUUUUUUCCAUAAGGAGUUGCAGAGGCCAUGGGAAGGGGAUAGGGGUGCCCUCUAUUUUGGUUGGUUUUGAGUGUCUAUUUUUUUUAAACAUUAGUCUUUUUGAUGAGCCACAUGUUACAAAAGGAAAAAUGUAAAAAAACACACCCCUCAAAUUGCUUUGUUUCAGAAUGCUUUUGCGCCCUUGACUGAUGCCAAGACUAGGAGCCAUGCUGAUGAUGUGGGUCUCGUUCUUUCUUCAUUGCAGGCUAGUAUAUACCGAGGGGGAUACAACCGUUUUGCUCCAUAUUAAAUGGCAAAAUCAUUAACAAACAAACAAAAACAAACAAACAAAAACAACCUUCCAAUGUGGGGAGAGAGAAAGCUUUCCGAGGCCUGAGUGUUGCAACACAUGUAGUAGGACAUCAUUUUAGCAACUCAAAGAAAACAACAAAAUAAAAAGAGGAAAAAAAUACAUUUUUUAUCUUAUACCUCAGAUAUUUUGUUCUGUGUAUUUUAAUAUUGUGGGUCUUUGGUUUCUGAAGGUUCUCGUAGUUCAGUUGCUGGCUGUAGGAGUUUUUGUGGUUGAUCUAGAGAGAGGCUAGAUAUGAAUUAAAAACUGCUUUAGGGCCAUAUCCAGAGUACUAUAUUAUGUAAAUGAAUUAUAUGCCGAACAUGAGGCUACUGGGGUUAAGGUGUUUGGGAGGAGUCUAGGUGACAAGUCAUUCUUUCUGCAUCUAUAUUAUUUUAUUCUGUGAAGGGGAGGCCGGGAGGGGCUUAGGGGUUUGGGACUAGGGUUUGGCUGAAAGAAAAAUAUAUAUAUAUAUAUAUAGUAACUGAUGAAUCUAAAUGACCCACUGCACCAACGAUCAUAAAUCUACGGUUCUAAGUUACUCCCGGCAAAGUCAAGCCAAAGGCUCUGUUAAGAAACUGCUUCUUCUGGCACUGAGAUUGGAGGUGAAGGAAGCUGUGUAAGUCCACCCUCUUAUCAUUCCACCCACACUACUCAGCUUCUUACCUACCCACUAGUUAUUUAAGCAAAGACUACUAGUUAGGCCAUCAAUAAGCAUUCUUUUUAUAUUUCUUCCAGUAUGAGAAAUUAUUGAUAUCACUGCUGACUUUUAUAUUAUGGGAGGGAAAAUUAACAUUAAUAAAAAGGUGAUUAAAAAAGCACUGUUUCUAUUUUUUUCUUUUUUUCCAAAAAAAAGAAAGUAAUAAAAACUUAAAUUCUUUGUACCAGUUAAAAUAUGUAUAAAAUUUACAUCUGUGCAGUGGAGUUAUGUUCUAGAAACAGUCUCUGAGGCUUUAGUUUUAGCUUAGUAGAUUAACUGUUAGAGACAGACGUAUAAUUUUUAUGGAAUUACAUGAUAAUCAUAUCUGGAUUUAUAGUCGCAUUUUACAAGUAUCGCAAUCAUUGAAUAGAGAUAAUCACGGUAUUUUCAUCAGCUUGAUACUUUUUGAAAACAUGACUGCGCUGUGAGCAACUUGCAAUUUUUCAUUCUGUGAGAGCCUGCCCUCCCCUCUCCCCAGUGCCCCAGGGUUAUCUGAAACUGGUAUCUUUACUUCUGUCUCCGAGGCCCAAGAGGAUUGUCAGAAGGAAAGGAAAACAAGACUAAAAAACGACACUAGAACUCCCCCACCGCCAGAGAACAGUGUUUGUCCCAUUCUUUCUUGGAUGCAGGGCCAGAGCGACACAGCCGAAAAAUUGCAGCUUGUGAUUUUCUUCUGUUUGAAUCCCCCCCCCAUGUUGUCCUGUUUACAAGUUAACCUAAGUUGGGGUAUCUGUCAUGGGUCUUCCUGUUUUUGUAUUUAAAUUAUAAAAUAUCAGCAAGCUGUCCCCCUGAGUAGCGUUACCGCCUGUGUGUGCAGUGCAGGCCCCAUGGCACGCACUUUAGUAAGUUAUCAACUCACGCUGUGAACCUGCCAAUCCGCUGUAACAACCGCUUUAAAAUCAAAACCAAACAAAACUUUAAAAAGAAAAAAAAAGUGUUUGUGAUCCAGCUUUUCCUAGUCAUCCUACGUGCAUGCCCGUAAGAUCGGUUGGAUAUUAAACCAUCAAUAAAGUUUCAUGAGAUUUGAAAACAAAGUUUCUGUAGCUUCGAUAUCUAAGACAGAUGGUCAUGGUUUGGGAAAGAAAGAAAAGGAAAGGGCGAGGAGGGGAAGGGAGAGAACCUGCUGAAUUGAUGAGAAGAGAAAAACCUAGAAAUUGGUCUUUUUUCUCCUUUCUGAGUGGGGAGAGUCUGCGUGGCAGCAUCACUCAAAAAUUCUCUCUCCCCACCUGCUACAGUGGGAUGGCCAUGUGCGCAACUGGUUGAUGUUGUCCAAGGCAACCAUUCAUUAUGAUGCUGUAGCGUUUGACCCCAGAUGGGAUAGCUAGUGGUAGAAAGGGGGCUGCAGAAGGAUCAACAGAUUCCUCCCAGUCGCCCCAGCUUUCCAAGCCCAGAACCUGCGUUGUGUAUGAAAUCACAAACAUGGAAUUCUUACUGUGCUGGCUAAAGUAAAACUCAUUUGCAGUUUUGAUUUUCAUCAAUGAAAUGUACUUUCCCCCAUGACUGUAUGUAGUUUUAAUAAAAUCAUUUAGAGCAAGUGGGUGCCAACCGAUGUCGCAGAAUCUUUUGUCUAGGCACUCUGCUGAGCUGCCGAUAAGUCGUUUUAAAAUGUCAUGUCAGAGGUGUAAACAAACCUUUUGGAUUUUUUAAAAAACAACAGUAUUUAUUUGGAAUGUUUUCAUUUAUCUAAAUAACUAUUGCUAUUAUGAAUUAUGAAAAAAGAUUAAUGUGGCAUAUAGUGACUUCUUAACACUCAUCACUCAAUCUGCAAACCCAGAAAUGUGUAUAUCUGUCUUUAGAAAUUAGUGUUUAUAUCACUUACAGUGGUUUGUGAAUAAAGAAAACUGGUUUGUAAUAUCAAAAAAUAAAAGCUUAGUCUGAAAAGGUA